ACAGAAUGCCUUAGCCACUCACCGGACCUUGCUCAGGCGGGGCCCGCCCGACUCAAGGCCGCCUCGGAAACUCGUCCACAGCCCCGCAAGUGCCCUAGCCACCUUCCCGAACAAGGAGAGCAGCUCCUGGGAGCCUCCUGUCCUCUAUCAAAAUGGGAUUUCUUUUUUCAAAACAUAUGAGUGAAAACAUGAAACAGCAACAGGAAUUUAUGUUCAUGAAUGCUCAACUUCAGCUGGAGAGGCAAUUAACAAUGCAAAAUGAAAUGAGAGAAAGGCAGAUGGCCAUGCAGAUUGCUGGGUCAAGAGAAUUACUCAAGUAUUUUGGGACAUUUUUUGGCAUUGCUACCAUGGGUCUCACAGCUGGAGCAAUUAAAAGAAAGCAACCAGGCCUCUUCCUUCCUGUCAUUCCAUUAAGCUUUAUCCUUGCUUAUCAAUAUGAUAUGGGCUAUGGAACCCUUCUGCAGAGGAUGAAAGGGGAAGCAGAGAGCAUACUGGAUACAGAAAAUAACAAACUGCAGCUGCCAAGAGGAAUGAUCACUUUUGAAACUGUGGAAAAGUCCAGAAAAGCACAAAGCAAAUUCUCCGUAGAAAAAUGAAGGUGGAUUCUCUAGGCUGUAUUCAAAGCACAAAAUAACUCGCUUGAAUCAUAGGGUUUUGUGUUUAAAUUUUUAAAUGGUACCAAUAUUUUGGAUAUAAUGUGGUUUGUAAAAAAAAAAUUAAAACUUAUGUCUAAAAUACAUCCUGCAUUUUACUUCAAGGACAGUAUCUCCUUUUUUCACAUUUUUCAGGCACAUGUGCUAAACCUGUGGUGAUACUUAAUGUGGUUCAUAACUUUCCCAGUUGCCAGCUGAGUCUUAAUAAAUCGGUGGUUUCAAAACUG